GGGUCGCUUGGCUCGGUUGUCGGGUGUCGGGGGGGUAAAGUCACCGUGGACUUACCCGAGAGCCCGUUUCUGAUCGUCUCGAGGGGAUUCAGCUUGUAGCCAGCUAGCUAGCUAGCGAUGAACACGGACGUGGAAUUUCACAUCAGGCAGAAUUAUCCGUGGACCAAGCUGCCAGCUAAUGUCAAACAGAGUUUGGGGAACUCUCAGCGUGAGUAUGAGAAGCAUGUGCUGCUGUACAGCAUCCGCAACCAGCUGCGAUUCCGCAAUAACCUAGUGCGCCACGUGAGGAAGGAUGAGCGCAAGUAUUACGAGGAGCUCCUGAAGUAUAGCCGGGAUCACCUGAUGCUGUACCCCUACCACCUGUCUGACAUCAUGGUCAAAGGGCUGCGAGUCACUCCGUUCUCAUAUUACAUAGGAAUCAUGGAGGAUAUUAUGAACAGUGAGAAGAGUUACGACUCCUUGCCCAACUUCACUGCUGCUGACUGUCUGCGGCUGCUUGGCAUUGGGAGAAACCAGUACAUUGACCUGAUGAACCAGUGCAGGUCUUCCAAAAAAUUCUUCCGCAGGAAAUCAGCCCGGGACCUGCUACCGGCCAAACCAGUGGAAAUCUCUGUGGAGCCGUGGUGGACGGCACAAACAGGCUACAUCACCGAGGAUGAUAUCAGGAUCUGUUCUUCAGCAGAGAAGAAAGCCAUUGAUAAGAUGAUUGAUUCUGGUCCUCAGCUGGCUGGAUCAACGGAGUACAAUGUGGUCCUCAGCUUGUACAACCGGGGCUUCAUCUACCUGGAUGUUCCCAUAUCUGAUGACAGCUGCAUCUCAGUACCCCCGCUGGAAGGCUUUGUCAUGAACCGCGUCCAGGGCGAUUACUUUGAAACGCUUCUCUACAAAAUCUUUGUGUCCAUUGAUGAGCAGACAAACGUAGCGGAGCUGGCGAAUGUGUUGGAGAUUGACUUGGACUUAGUGAAGAAUGCAGUUUCCAUGUACUGUCGCCUCGGCUUCGCUGUAAAGAAAGGUCAGGUGAUCAGCUCAGACCAGCUCCACCCCACCUGGAAGAACGCCCCGUCUGUCAACAGACUCAAGAGCACCAUGGACCCUCAGAAGAUGCUGCUGUCCUGGGAGCAGGGCAGUCCUGUCAUGGAGGGCGGCUCUUCAGCAACUGACACCGACACCACCAGCCUGGAAGACCAAGCAGACACUGGAAGUGUAAGCAGCCUGAGCAUCCCAGUUGCACCCACAAAGAGGAUCGCCUUCCUGUUUGACUCCACUCUCACAGCCUUCCUCAUGAUGGGCAACCUGUCUCCGAACCUGAAGAGUCAUGCAGUGACCAUGUUUGAGGUGGGGAAGCUGUCUGAUGAGACUCUGGACAGCUUCCUGGCUGAGUUGGAGAAGGUGGAGAGCACAGCAGAGGGCGAGGCUCAGCGUUACUUUGACCACGCUCUGACCCUGAAGAACACCAUCCUUUUCUUGCGCUACAACAAAGAACUCACUCAGGACCAGGGACCUGAUAUCCCAAAUAUUGGUUUCCCCUUGGACAUGUUGCGCUGUGAGAGCCUGCUGGGUCUGGACCAGGCCACCUGCAGCCGUGUCCUCAACAAGAACUACAAGCUGCUGGUCUCGAUGGCGCCGCUCAGCAAUGAGAUCAGACCCAUCAGCAGCUGCACGCCUCAGCACAUUGGCCCGGCCAUCCCUGAGGUGAGCUCCAUCUGGUUCAAGCUAUACCUGUACCAUGUGACCGGCCAAGGCCCGCCCUCUCUGCUGCUCUCCAAAGGCUCCAGACUCCGCAAACUGCCGGACAUAUUCCAGGUCUAUGACAGGUUGCUGAUCACCUCCUGGGGUCACGACCCCGGAGUCGUGCCGACAUCCAACGUGCUGACGAUGCUCAACGACGCCCUCACACACUCUGCUGUACUAAUCCAGGGUCACGGUAUGCACGGCCACGGAGAAACAGUUCACAUCCCGUUUCCAUUUGAUGCAGAGGAUCUGAAAGGAGACUUCUCCUACUCCAACAUGUGUGUGCACAAGGCGCUGCAGAAGCUGAAAGAGUCCGUGGACCUGGAGCACCAGUGUGGCUACGUCACCAUGCUCAACUCCAACAACAGGCACCGCCGCAGGCCCAGCGACAGCAAUGAGUGCAGAGGGGACACCCAUCUAGGUGGAGGCCUGGACACCAACGGCAGCACAGAGUCCUUCGAGCUUGUGACGGAAGAAAACAACGGGGACAGCAAAGCAAAGACAGACACUCUUUCAUCUGAAGAUGAGUGGGUCCCUCUCGAACUGUGCUUCGGCAUGCCCCUCUUCAGCUCCGAGCUAAACCGCAAAGUGUGUCGAAAAAUCGCCUCGCACAAACUCUGCAGCACCGAAAGCCUUCAAGAGCUUCUUCACUCGAGCCGAAAGCUGUCGCUGAAGGUGUUGAGCUUCGUUCAGUCAUUCCAGGACGGCCUCCAGCCCUCUGACCUGGACAGCGGCGUGUCGAACCCUCUCAGUCAGCCCCCGGCGGAGUCCGGUGUCCCCCUGCCCGCCCUCAACCUCCUCUUCAAGGACGGGCAGCUGAGGGAGUGGAGCGGGCGGGCCCCUCCCGCCCUGGACAUCUCAGCUCUGCAGAAGGACCAACCCACAUAAACUACCACCCCUCCCAAACAAACUUCCAGAUUUGGUCACAAGGAAAAACACCAUCUCAUCGAAGGACCGCUGUCUCACUGGAGAAAUCGUUAUUCGAGGUCCAACCCUGCAUCCUGUCUGUCAGUGUCCAGUCUUGGGAAAGUUAGCCCCGCCAGCACUUCAUUCACCUACUGUAUGAGGAAUCAUCCUUCUGACACUAGAUUGAUCCCCCCAACUCGCCAUUCCCUUCUGUGAUUCCUCAUAUUCGUAGCAAGGCAGUGUUAUUUUUGGAGUGGUGCUAUUCACAGUAUAUUACCGUAAUGCAGGUAAACAACAUAUAACCUGGAAGUUCAGUUAACUGGAAGCACACACGCUGUUCUCCACUGACACCCCCAUCCCGCCCUCCAAUCAGUGGAUGUUCUGUGAUCCUUGAGAGCAGAGUGUUAAGUGCUUAAUAUUUGUAUAGUUGUUCUAAAAAUGACCCGCAAAAUAAAUGAUGAAGUGUUGAACUGACAUCUUCAGGAAUCAUUUCACAAUAUGCAUAUUUUAAGACCAAGUUUUUGGACUUUACCAGACAGAGUCCGAGAUCCAGACCCCCGCUGCCUCCCCGUGUCGUCUCAUGUUAAGUGAUCUGAUGCAUGAAACUGUUGCACAACUCGUACCAUAAAAGAAUACUUUCCUCUUUACUUGUAAUCAAUAUUGGGGGCAUUUAUUAUUUGCACUGUGCAGGAUUUCUCCAAACCUGUGGAUGAAGUAAUGUCAUGUAAUAUUUUUAAACAAAAGAUGUUGGAUCCCUUGUAGUGCGCACGUGGUUUUAGAGCUUCAAGUUCAACACAAGAAGAAAGUGUUUCCUCCUGGGAACUGACUGGGCAUCGAAACUGCAGCUUUUUUUUAAUUCUUUGUUAUCGAGAGAACACCAAAGACCAUUUUAUUUUCCUGUAUGAUGAUUUUUAUUUUUUAUUGAUGAUUAUUCUUCUGUUUUACUGGACUUCCUUUUAUUUCGCUGCCUUAACACACUCAGCCAAUUAAACUACCAGGUCUUUGAUCAAGUCUUUAGAUUUGAUUUGCUUAUGUUUAGUUUUCUGCCUUUUUUCUAGAUUUUACAAAUGAUUUAUGUGCAUCUGAAUGUCUCUAACCAAUAAAUUCAACAAAAUUGGGCCACAAACACCCAACCAUCGUCCCUGUUUAAGAAUUCAACCAGAUUAACCAAGUGUAGCUAAUUGCAUAGAACGGGAACAGUCAGGUCUGUGUGUUUGACCCAGGCCUGUUGCCACUGUUGCCUGCCAGUAUCUCGCCCUGGAUCAACUCCAGUUUGUGUGCAGUGCAGUGCACUCUUGGCCAGCCCACCACACUCGCCAAGGGAUUCUGUUUACACCGUGUUUUGAAAAAUGGGGUUUGUAGUUUAGAGAGGGGAAGACAACUUCGCUGUGAAGGCUGUCACGCACCCAUGGGACAGAAAUGCUAAUGCUUUGCCCGGCGUUUCAGAGAUGUGAUGGCCCAAAAAGUGUCUGAAGUCUGUCAUGAAUUUUCAGUGUGGCUCCAAGAAUAUAGAGUACUUUUUAUUGCAUUUAGAAUGCUAACCUAUUUUGUUGAGUUUUCUUUUUUUCUUUUGAAGGAAUCUGCCUCCUGCAGUUUUUGACCCACUUGUGGUUGUUGUUCCUAAUAACGUGAUGCUGAAAUAGAAAAAAAACAAAAAACAUGAGGUCCCAUUGAAGCAUGAUGACUGUGUAGAAACUGUUGUGUGUAUGUUGUGUAUGCGUGUGUAUUGUAAACCUCACUCUUGGUGUGGUUUCAUACGCACCUACCUUUCACAAUAAGAGCUCCCCUUUCCUUCCAAUCUUGCCUGUCUGUUAUCUAGUUGCAGUGCUCGGUCAUCCUCCCCCAGGUAAACAUCCACCAGUGUUUUAAAAAAAAAAAUGCUAGUUUUAUAUGUCAGCCUAUAUUUUAGGAGAUCUUUGUUGUAGCUUGUUUAAUGGGAAUGUGAAUA